AUGUUGGCUGGGAAGUACACUGAGGAACAGCUUUAUGCUUGGUACCAGAAGUUCUUGAAGGAGUGCCCUUCUGGUCGCAUCAGUCGAGAACAGUUCGAGAGUAUAUAUGCCAGUUUCUUCCCUGAUGCAGACCCCAAGUAAUAUACUCAACAUGUUUUCAGAAGCUUUGAUUCCAACAGUGAUGGAACACUGGACUUUAAAGAAUACAUUGUUGCUUUGCAUCUGACAUCUUCAGGAAAGACCAUUCAGGAACUAGAGUGGGCGUUUGCUUUGUAUGAUGUAGACAGGAAUGGCACCAUCAUAAAAAAUGAGAUUCAUGAAAUUUUGAAGUCAAUAUUCAACAUGAUCUCUGAAGAAGACCAGAAAAACCUUCCGGAUGAUGAAAGCACGCCAGAAAACCGAACUGAUUAAAUUUGGGACUUUUUUGGGAAAAAAGAAAAUGGUAAAUUAACAGAGGGAGAGUUUAUUCAAGGAGUGAUGGACAAUAAGGACAUUCUCAGACUGAUUCAGUUUGACGAACCCCAAAAGGUCCAAGAAAGGCUCAAAGAGAAGAAGCAAUAA